AUGGCGAGCUCAAUGCAUUUGUCGCGCCUCCGGAAUUGGUUCCUCGCUUCGCCGCCGAUCGAGUUUGCCAUCACGAAUCUCAAAGAGCUGCUCAUCGGCGCACUUCGCCAGGGCCCGGUCCCCCAACAUGUUGCCUUCGUGAUGGACGGAAACCGACGAUUCGCACGGUCGCAUGGAAUCGAGACGGUAGAGGGUCAUAAUCUGGGAUUCGAAGCACUUGCCAGGAUCCUAGAAGUCUGCUACAAGAGCGGUGUGAAAGUGGUCACCAUUUACGCGUUCAGCAUCGAGAAUUUCAAACGGUCUAAAUUCGAGGUCGACGCGCUGAUGGAUAUGGCCAAGGUGAAGUUGUCGCAAAUGGCACAGCACGGGGACCUGCUAGAUAGGUAUGGAGCGAAAGUGCGCGUCCUGGGUCGACUCGAUCUACUCAAACCCGACGUGCUCGCGGCUGUGAACAAGGCAGUCGACAUGACUAGCCGCAACGGUGAUCGCGUCCUGAACAUCUGCUUCCCGUAUACCUCUCGCGAUGAGAUUACCACCUCCAUUCGCGAUACCGUCGAGGACUAUAGCAAACCUCUCCGACCCGCCCAUCCCGCAAAUGGUGCGGCCCGAACCCCCUUCUCCGAAUCUCACAUUGCGCAUAAUAUUCGGACCCAAACCCUCGGAUCCAAGACAAAUGAAACCCACAGCGACUCGGAGUCGACCUCGGCGGAGUCUUCGACGCAAGAGGAUGAAUCGAUCUUGCGAAAUGAUCAUUCAAACAAGGUGUAUGAGUCUGGUUCUUCAUUCUCGUCAUCGACGACUCUCCACCUUGGCCAGCACGAUGGGCAUCAUCCCUUAAAGGGUGCUGCCCAAAGUACAGCAACAAAUGGUGGAGACCCAGUUUACAUGUCGCCUGAAACUAUCUCCCGCCAGACUCUUUCCGACCACAUGUUGACCAAAGGUAAUCCGCCUCUGGAUAUCUUGGUGCGAACCUCUGGCGUCGAGCGUUUGAGUGAUUUCAUGCUUUGGCAGUGUCACGAGAAUACCGAAAUUGUGUUCUUGGAUGUACUUUGGCCAGAAUUCGAUCUAUGGAGUUUCAUUCCUGUUCUCCUUGGCUGGCAACGACGUAUUUCCAAGUCUCGCCAGAACCCUGAAGGCGAGGGGAACUUCGCGGGUGACAGUCCCGAAUCCAGCGAAGAGGACAUGGAUUCUAUGGUCCUGCGGCAGAGCAAGCUCAAAGCCGUAUAG